UUUUAUUUUAAAAACAUUACAUCGUUUGGGCUAACCUCAUGUCUUCACCAUUUGCAUUAUUAGCUCCUCCUGCCUUAAUUGAGUUUACAGUCAGGAACAAUAGCUUCUUCAACUCCUCCCUUUUUCCCCUCCUACUUUGUGUCUAUUGGAAGGCAUUGUUUUGGAUUGUCGAAUCACAGGUAAGAUUAUCUGGUGCCUCCCAUUGAAUAUGCAUAUUGUAAAAUGGGUGGAGCCACUGUCACCUAUACUGUGACUCCUCCUAUUUUACCUGUAUUUAAAGGCACAUAGGAGAGCACUUUAACAUUAUUCAGAGGUUCCAGUUGGCACACAUCUGGAAACUUGUCUCUUUCAAGAGUUUUGGAUUGUAUAACUUUUUCUAAGGAUGUACCGCAAGAGCAAUAAGUUUAAUUCUAGAGCUUCAAGAAGAUGGAGUUCAGCCACAAGCCGCCAGUCUCAGGACAAUGGUGGUGGAAAUCCAAUUGUAACUCAAGGAUCCCAGCCACCUCAGAAGAAUUUUGGCAUUACCUCACCAAUUAGUUUGGCGUCACCCAAGGAAACUGACUGUACGCUCACACAGAAACUCAUUGAAACAUUGAAGCCUUUUGGUGUCUUUGAAGAGGAGGAAGAGUUGCAGCGUAGAAUUUUAAUUUUGGGAAAACUAAACAACUUGGUGAAAGAAUGGAUACGAGAAACAAGUGAAUUGAAGAAUCUGCCCCAGUCUGUCAUUGAGAAUGUUGGAGGAAAGAUUUUUACUUUUGGAUCUUACCGACUCGGUGUUCAUACAAAAGGUGCUGAUAUUGAUGCUCUGUGUGUUGCGCCAAGGCACGUAGAUCGAAGCGACUUUUUUUCAUCGUUUUACGAGAAACUGAAACAACAGGAAGAAGUGAAAGACUUGCGGGCUGUAGAGGAUGCUUUCGUACCUGUGAUCAAGCUGUGCUUUGAUGGAAUUGAGAUUGAUAUUCUCUUUGCCAGACUUGCACUACAGACUAUUCCAGAGGACCUAGACUUGCGUGAUGAUAGUCUACUCAAAAACCUGGAUAUAAGAUGCAUACGAAGUCUUAAUGGUUGUCGGGUGACAGAUGAAAUUCUUCAUUUAGUACCAAACAUAGACAACUUUAGGUUAACUUUGAGAGCAAUUAAACUGUGGGCCAAACGCCAUAACAUAUACUCAAACAUCCUAGGAUUUCUUGGUGGUGUGUCAUGGGCGAUGUUGGUAGCCCGAACCUGUCAGCUAUAUCCCAAUGCAAUCGCUUCAACACUUGUGCAUAAGUUUUUCUUGGUAUUUUCCAAAUGGGAGUGGCCCAACCCUGUGCUGCUGAAACAGCCCGAGGAAUGCAAUCUCAAUUUGCCAGUGUGGGACCCACGGGUGAAUCCCAGUGAUAGGUACCACUUGAUGCCUAUAAUUACGCCAGCCUACCCUCAGCAGAACUCUACCUACAAUGUGUCUGUGUCUACACGAAUGGUCAUGGUCGAGGAGUUCAAACAAGGUCUGGCCAUAACAGAUGAAAUCCUGCUGGGUAAAGCAGACUGGUCGAAACUUUUUGAAGCUCCCAACUUCUUUCAGAAAUACAAGCAUUAUAUUCUGCUUCUCGCAAGUGCUCCGACAGAAAAACAGCGUCUUGAAUGGGUUGGUUUAGUGGAAUCCAAAAUUCGUAUUCUCGUUGGAAGUUUGGAAAAGAAUGAGUUUAUAACACUGGCUCACGUUAACCCUCAGUCCUUCCCAGCACCGGGUGAAAACCCAGAGAAGGAAGAAUUUCGAACAAUGUGGGUCAUUGGACUAGUGUUUAAAAAGAUGGAAAACUCUGAAAACUUGAGUGUUGAUCUCACUUAUGACAUUCAGGCUUUCACUGACACCGUUUAUAGACAGGCAAUAAACAGCAAGAUGUUUGAAGUGGAUAUGAAAAUCGCUGCAAUGCAUGUCAAAAGAAAGCAACUCCACCAGCUUCUUCCUAACCACGUGCUUCCACGCAAAAAGAAGCACUCCACAGAAAACGUGAAGCUGGUUUCUAUGGGCGAUAGCCUUGAUUUAUCACUGGACAGUGACAAUAGCAUGUCCGUGCCUUCUCCCACCAACACAAGCAAGACCAGUCCAUUGAAUUCAUCUAAUUUAUCUCAAGGCAGAAACAGCCCAGCAGCACCUAUGACCUCUUCAGGGACCAGCACACCAGUUGCAGAAAUCCUUGUGCCACAAAACAGUUCCUCAGAGAAUUCAGGAGGUGGUAUAAAUGACAAUUUUCCUGAACCUGCCAUACACCCAAAUUCUUCAACACCAAAGAAUGUGAUGCCUCGUGUUAAUUCUACCAAUCGUUCGGUGAACCAAUCCCCAAAACUGGCUGGACGUGUCUCCCCAAAGAUGCAGAGUCCUGUUGCUGGUGUAAAACGGAAAUCAUCCCCCAUUAAAGAGGACAGCCCUAAGAAGAUAAAAACUGAAGAGGAUGAAAAUGAUAGCUCUGCCAUGGAGAUGGAUGAAGCAAACAAAUCUGAAACCGAAGGAGUAAAGGAUGUAGAAGUUGAGACGAAAUCUACAUCUCCUAUCCCUGGUGUACUACCUUCUUCUCAGCGAUCAACUAGUACAGACCUCUCUGACAUCCCUGCCCUCCCUGCAAAUCCUAUCCCGGUUAUCAAGAAUUCAAUUAAGCUGAGAUUGAACCGAUAAAGCCACGCACACUUCCUCCUCAGGGUCCAUAGACAUUAACUAACAGUUCCACUGUUGUCUCCUGCAAUGGCUGAAUGCCAAAGGAUGCAGCAUUGACCGAAUAAGUUAAGGGUUUCUUUUACUGGUGUGUCAGUAUCUUUAUGGCACGUCUGAGUUAAUACGACAAACAUGUUUCUACAAAGUUCAUCUACUGGACUUAUUCAUUUAAAGUCAUGAGAUGGAAAUGAACUGUGUAUAUAUAUAAAUAUAUAUAUCUGUACUAAGCAUUCUGACCGAAAUGAUGGUUGAUGUACUUAUUUUUUUUUUUUUUUUGCAAAACGUUCAAUACACCUGGCCUAAAAUCUUUAGCUAAUGCACUUUUAUGUUUUUUUUUUUUUUAUUUUAUUUUUUUUAACUGUAAAAAAAGAUUUUAGACUUUUUUUUUUUUAUUUUAGUUUAUUGUAGCCUCAUGCAGCCCCUGGAGAUGUUGGCAUAUUAUAUUGGAUCACAAAACUAGAUGUUGAGUUUUGAUGUAUGGUGGCAAAAUGGAAGUAGAAUCUGAGAAAUUUCGUCUGAACAGCUUGAUCAAUACAAAAUCAUAAAACGUUAAUUUUGUUCUUUAUUUUAUUUUUUAUUUUUCCGCUCCUCUUCCCACUGUGAGUGUAUGUUCAGUAAUGGUUAAUUUUCAAGGUGUCGAUGGGUUCUAAAGAUCAGUGGCAGUGUUGUUUAAAUCACCAUUAGCUGCUCUCCUCAAUUUCAUUUUGGGCUUUCACACAUAAACCUUAAAUAUCAAUAUUUGUUUUUUGUUAGGAAGCUCUUUCCGCAAAAUUGCUUUGUGAUAUUAUUAGACAAAUUAGUUAAGAAUGAUCUGGUAUACAAUGUGCCUUUGUCACAAGCCUCAUAACUAACAGUCACACACUCUUCUAUAUUUGCAACCAUGGGUCAUGUGAUAUUUAUUUCAAGUUAAAGACAAUACUUCUAGUCAAUCUUUAUAGGUAGAACUUUAGAUUAGUAGUGAAAGAACUGUUUUAAAUUGUGUUCUUAUAACCCAACAGGGAAACUGUGCACACGUAAGGUUAAAUGAAAAUGUUUUUUUUCAUCAACUACAUUUAAGAGGUGGCAGAUAUUUAGUCUCUUAUUGCAACAUGUGGGAUUGGCAAUUUAUAUAAAGAUUUAUUUUAAAUUUGUUUAUUUUAAAGUGCUCACUUUGUUUUAUCACAUCAGCCCCUUUUACUUUUACCUAAUGUCACAUUACUACAGCCACCAUCUGUUUGCAUUGCUUCAUACAAACAUUGGCUUGCAAAAGAGAUUUAUUUUACCAUUUGCAUUGGGAUAACCAGAAAGCAAGUAGAGAUAUUUGCUUAAUUUCUACAGCUAAGCGAUUUCUUUCAUGAUGUGCGAAAAGCACUUAAUACUUCUCUUAACUCUUUCCUAGUCUAACAGUUAUUUAUUAAGACUUAUUGGGAAAUGUUUGGGUGUUUUUUUUUCUCUCCCUAGCCUGAGCAAAUAGUUCAUAGAUAAUCACCUUUGCUUCUAUAUCCUUAGUCUCCCCUCAUAGCAUCACACUCCCGUAUGCAGGUAUACACAAACAACCACACAAGUUAUUGUCCAGUUGUUUUCUUUGAUUUUUAGCGCAAUAUUGCCAGGCACAAAGUUUGUCUAGACUUAUGUUUACACCGCAAUGUCUUUGUUCCAUUUGUUUAUAGUAAUUACUGUUUUUUUUGAGAGAUGGAUAACUUGGAUUUAAUUUUUUUCCCCCUCUGACCCUGUUAGUGAUUUUUAAUUUUAACCCUUCGAGUGCUGGGUGUAAGUUGGGCACAUCUGUGGCACUCAAGUGUUAACUCUAGUUCCCCCUAACCUGAAGAUCAGACUGUUGCUUAUGCAUGAUGUACGUUAUCGUCUCAUGACUGGAGUUUUCCUUUGUUUUAUAGUACCUGUAUUCCUUGUAUUUUUCAAAAGCUAUUUUGUAAAGAGAUGUAUUUCUCCAUUGAAAAUAAACAAUAAACU